CUUGCUUGUGCAGCCAUGGCGGAUUUGUCAGUAGCCACUCAGUCCCCGUCUGUCUCCUAGUCGUCGUCCUCCGGGGCCGAGCCGUCCGCGCCCCGGGGGGGCGGCGGCGGGAGCCCGGGAGCCUGCCCCGCCCUUGGGUCGAAGAGCUGCAGCUCCUCCUGUGCGGUGCACGAUCUGAUUUUCUGGCGAGACGUGAAGAAGACUGGGUUUGUCUUUGGCACCACGCUGAUCAUGCUGCUUUCCCUGGCAGCCUUCAGUGUCAUCAGUGUGGCGUCUUACCUCAUCCUGGCUCUUCUCUCUGUCACCAUCAGCUUCAGAGUCUAUAAGUCUGUCAUGCAAGCUGUGCAGAAGUCAGAAGAAGGCCAUCCAUUCAAAGCCUGCUUGGACUUGGACAUUACCCUGUCCUCUGAAGCGUUCCAUAAUUAUGUGAAUGCUGCAAUGGUGCACGUCAACAGGGCCCUGAAGCUCAUCAUUCGUCUCUUUCUGGUGGAAGAUCUGGUUGACUCCUUGAAGCUGGCUGUGUUCAUGUGGCUGAUGACCUAUGUUGGUGCCGUUUUCAAUGGAAUCACCCUUCUGAUUCUUGCUGAGCUGCUCGUUUUCAGCUUCUCAAUUAUCUAUGAGAAGUACAAGACCCAGAUUGAUCACUAUGUUGGCAUAGCCCGAGAUCAGACCAAGUCAAUUGUUGAAAAAAUCCAAGCAAAACUCCCUGGAAUCGCCAAAAAAAAAAGGCCGAAUAAGCACAUGGAAACCAGAAAUUCAACAGUUACUAAAAGAUCGUUUAAUAGUUAUAACGUUAUUACUUGUACCAUGAAGGAACAUGCUCAGUGUCAGCUUGAGCCUGCAUUCCAAGCUUUUUUUUAAUUUGGUGUUUUCUUCCCUCCUUUCUCUUUACCCUCAGUAUCAAGCACAAGAAAUGUUGGAUUGGAAAAA